AUGGAUACGGAACGAAAAGAAAUGUCUUCGAACAGUAUAAAGUUGUUGGCUGGGAACUCGCAUCCGGAGUUGGCUGAAAUCAUCGCGAAGAGACUGGGAAUUCCGUUGUCGAAGGUGGGUGUGUAUCAGUAUUCGAACAGAGAGACGUCUGUUACCAUUGGGGAGAGCAUCCGUGACGAGGAUGUUUACAUUAUCCAAACGGGGACCGGGGAGCAGGAGAUAAACGACUUUUUAAUGGAGUUGCUGAUUAUGAUCCACGCCUGCAAGACGGCUUCUGUGAGGAAGGUUACGGCAGUUAUUCCUAAUUUCCCGUAUGCCCGGCAGGACAAGAAGGACAAGUCGAGAGCUCCAAUCACGGCGAAACUGGUGGCGAAUCUACUGCAAACCGCGGGCUGUGAUCACGUCAUAACGAUGGAUUUACACGCUUCUCAGAUCCAAGGGUUUUUCCAUAUCCCGGUUGACAACCUGUACGCUGAACCCAGUGUCCUGAACUACAUUCGGACCAAGACCGACCUCGCCAACGCUAUUCUUGUGUCGCCGGACGCUGGCGGUGCGAAGAGGGUGGCCUCUCUGGCGGACAAGCUGGACUUGAACUUUGCAUUGAUUCACAAGGAAAGACAGAAGGCAAACGAAGUCUCGAGAAUGGUGCUAGUGGGCGAUGUUACCGGGAAGUCGUGCCUCUUGAUUGAUGACAUGGCAGAUACAUGUGGUACUCUGGUCAAAGCUACGAAUACGCUGCUGGACCACGGCGCUAAGGAAGUCAUUGCGAUUGUUUCGCAUGGGAUCUUUUCCGGGGCCGCUAGAGAGAGGCUGAAGAACAGCAGACUGUCGAGAAUAGUUUGCACGAAUACGGUGCCGGUAGACUUGGACCUUGAUAUACUGGAUCAGAUAGAUAUCAGUCCGACGCUUGCCGAGGCAAUUAGAAGAUUGCACAACGGUGAAUCUGUUUCGUACUUGUUCACACAUGCUCCAAUGUGA